GCUAAAAAGCGACAAUAUACAUGGAUAAAACGGAUUAAAAAGGAUGAAGAAAGCGGGACUAAUAAGGCAGUAAAAUGAGAUAGAUACAAGUGAAGAUGUUAAAAGAGAUCGUUAAUGCGAUUCUCCAAUACCGUGUUAAAACUUUCCAAUUUAAAGAGAAGAGGUAUGCCAAUAAAGCCAACAUCAGGAAAAGACGAGAAAACUACAACGCCGACGAUGAUAAACAGCCAAAUCAUCCAAUGGACCAUGUUAAAACACACAAGAUUAAAACAAUCACAAAAGUAGUCGCAACAAAAGUACCUCUUAUAAUAUUACUCCUAAUUUUUCAACUGAAAAUAGUAAAUGUGAUAGAGUGUGUUAGUGUAAAUAGUGUAAGAAGUGACUUUAGAGGUCUAGAUAAUACGAGUGCAUCUAAAAUAAGAACUAGAGAUAUAAAAGAUAAGUAUCUAGAGAAUAACAUACAAAUGAUUUCUGGCGAGUCGGAUGACAAAGCGCAGGAGCAAAAUAAAUAUAAUCUAUCCGAUAGUUACUACAAGGAGAGAUUCGUGAAAGGAAUAUACUAUGAUGACGAGCACGCUGUGGGGUAUCCCCAUGACCUAGCGAGUCACUCCUAUCACUUGAAGAUGACGAAUUUACAACUGAGAAGGGAAUCUCAUCAGUUUUCUGAGAAAAUUCUGAAGCUGGGUGUUUUGCUGCCGGCUGAUCACGAUUCAGUGUUUUCGUUAGCCAAAGUCUUGCCGAUCAUAGAAAUGGCUGUCGGUUUUAUUUCGAAGCCAGAUGGACCUCUGCCAGGGUGGAAGAUUUUAGUGGACUACCGUGAUACUGGUUGUUCUUCAGUCCUAGGACCUCUGGCUGCUUUCGAGUUCUAUAUCAAUGGUUCUGCUGAUGCAUUCAUUGGACCUGGUUGCGACUACGUCAUAGCGCCUGUGGCCAGGUACUCCGGGCCCUGGCACAUACCAGUCAUUACUGCCGGGGCCCAGGCCGAAGCUUUCACCUACAAGACUCCAAAUUAUCGGACCCUGACCAGAAUGAUGGGCAGCUAUGUGCAGGCCGGCGACGCCAUUGCAAACGUUUUCGAGGAAUUCAACUGGCGGAAAGUUGGGAUGAUGUACCACAAUAACCCUGUGUCCACCGGCCAUGGAAACAGCCCAUGCUUCUUGACCCUGUCCGCAAUUUUCACGGUCCUACAGAAGCAAAGCACCAGCAAGAUCCCGAACCUACCAUUCGACGAAAAUAACAUUACCGCAAUAGAAAUAAAACAGAAACUGAAAAAACUAUCCCUGGAAACGAGAAUUGUCGUAGUGUGUGCUAACCCCACGACAGUGAGGGAGAUCAUGCUGGCUGCCGACGAGCUCGACAUGGUGUCUUCUGGCGAAUACGUCUUCUUCAACAUUGAGCUGUUUUCCAACCUCGCAUCAGCAUCGUCCAAGGAACCUUGGAAGGUGGAAGGAGACACAGAAGAGAGGAAUGAAAGAGCGAGACGAGCGUAUAGUGCCGUCCUUACCGUCACCAGCCCGGCGCCGGAGAAGAAAGAAUACUUAGAGUUCUCUGAUCAGGUAAAGGAAUUAGCGGCGACGAAAUACAACUAUACAUUUGGCAAGGGAGAGGUGGUCUCGACGUUCGUGGCGGCUUUCUACGACGCGGUGUUGCUAUAUGCCCUGGCUUUGAACGACACUAUGGCGCAGGCUGAGUUUCCCAAUGGGCAGCUUGAUGGAGCAGCGGUUAUUCGGAAUAUGUGGAGCAGGACUUUUCAAGGUAUUACGGGAGAGGUGAUCAUCAAUGACAAUGGAGACCGAGUAGCUUCAUACUCACUCCUGGACAUGAACCCACAUACAAGCAAGUUUGAGGUGGUGGCGACAUACGUGGCCGCGAACGCGUCGCUCCAGUUUGUGGAGAACCGACCCAUACAUUGGGCGGGCGGGCGGACCUCCCCACCCCCGGACACCCCCAAGUGCGGCUUCGACGGCUCCCUCUGCCCUGACAACUCUUUACCCGUCUACGCAAUAUUGAGUAUCGUCCUCAGUUCUGUUGUGGUGAUCCUGGCUAUUCUCUCCAUGUUUAUAUACAGGCACUACAAACUGGAGGCAGAGAUAGCGAUGAUGACGUGGCGCGUCAGCUGGAGCGACGUGCUGCUACCGGGCGGUCGGCUGCGCGGGAGUAUGCACUCGCUCGCACGAAGGUAUAGCGCCGGGACCGCAUACUCAGACGAGGGUACCUCGUUGGCUGGUGACCGUCAAGUCUACGCUCCGUGUGGCUUCUACAAAGGCUGCCGAGUCGCUAUCAAGAAGGUGGACAAACAACGUAUAGACCUCACCAGACCUCUCCUUCUGGAACUCAAGAAGAUGAAGGACUUAGAACAUGAUCAUCUAGCACGAUUUUAUGGAGCAUGCGUUGAUCCACCGCACUGCUGUCUACUGACCGAGUACUGUCCGAAAGGAUCUCUCCAAGAUAUACUAGAGAAUGAUACGAUCAAACUGGACUGGAUGUUCAAAGUCAGCCUCAUGCAUGAUAUUGUCAAGGGCAUGCACUACCUCCACAGCAGUGACAUAAGAUCUCACGGAGCUCUCAAGUCCAGCAACUGCGUCGUGGACUCAAGAUUUGUACUCAAGAUCACGGACUUUGGACUCAACGCCUUAAGAACUUCUGAGAAGGACUCGCGGGCACAUAGUUAUUGGACACGUCAGCUGUGGACGGCGCCGGAGCUCCUGCGCAUGACGGAGCCCCCGCCGGAGGGGACACAGAAGGGCGACGUGUACUCAUUCGCGAUCAUCAUGCACGAGAUCGUCAACAGACAAGGCGUGUUCUGGCUCGGCGCGGGAGUCGAUAUGUCGCCUAUUGCAAACAAUGAAUGGAAGAAUAUAAAAGAAAUAAUCACGGCGGUGAUCAGCGCGGGUCUGCGGCCCAACACGGUGCAGAACAGGUCGUGCGAGGCGGACGACGCGACUGAUCUCAUGCGGCGCUGCUGGGCCGACGAGCCGGGGGAGAGACCGGACUUCGCGUAUCUGAAGGGCGCGAUACGGAGACUUAACAAGGCCCAGGAGAGCGGCAACAUAUUGGACAACUUGCUAUCCCGAAUGGAGCAGUACGCGAACAACUUGGAGUCCCUCGUGAGCGAGAGGACGCAGGACUAUCUGGAGGAGAAGAAAAAAUGCGAGGAACUGCUGUACCAACUGUUACCUAAGUCAGUGGCCUCUCAGCUGAUUCACGGUCAGUCCGUGGUAGCGGAGACGUUCGAGCAGGUGACCAUCUACUUCAGCGACAUCGUGGGUUUUACGGCGCUGUCCGCCUCCUCCACGCCCAUGCAGGUGGUCGACCUGCUCAACGACCUAUACACCUGCUUCGACAGCAUCGUCGAGAACUACGACGUGUACAAGGUGGAGACGAUAGGCGAUGCGUACAUGGUGGUGUCCGGCUUACCGGAACGGAACGGGACGAGGCACGCGUGCGAAGUUGCGCGGAUGGCGUUAGCCCUGCUUGACGCCGUCCGGCGCUUCCGGAUCAGGCACCGGCCGUGCGACCAGCUGAAGCUGAGAAUUGGACUCCAUUCCGGUCCAUGCGUAGCUGGUGUGGUUGGUCUGAAGAUGCCUCGAUACUGUCUAUUUGGUGACACAGUGAACACAGCUUCAAGGAUGGAGUCCAACGGGGAAGCCCUGAAGAUCCACGUGUCACCGACAACAAAAGCCCUUUUAGAUACGUUUGGGACCUUCCAUUUAGAAUGCCGAGGCGAAGUCGCUAUGAAGGGAAAAGGAACUCUAGUCACAUAUUGGUUAUUGGGGGAGAUCGUGGAUCCGAACGCACAAAAGGAAAUUCGGAAGCCGCCAUUAGCAAAAUUGCAAUCCCAGUCCAUACAGAGUGGAUCACUAUCCCAUCUGACACCGUUCAAACAACGAUUGGACGGCUCGAGAUCGUCUAGCAGACGCGGUUCGGGAGUUUUCGUCCAAAAACCUGACGUGAACAAGCUUAUCAAAGAAGCACAGCCAAAAUUACAGGUGAUAAAACUACAGAGGCAACAUUCCGAUCCCACUGAGAUAGUCACCAACGGUAUAGACGACAAACAGGAUAAGCUAAGUAUUUCAAAUUCCAUACCCCUAAACGUGAACUCUCUGAACCAUAAGGUGUGUCAGAGUGGGCAACCUAAAGUGAAACUGAAAGAUUGUCAGACCAAAUCCUUGGGUAAUCACAAAACUAAAACAGGGAAUAAUAAUUGGAUAGCUAAAAUACCGACUGCUACAUCCUUCGACAAUGGUAUCAAAAAGAGUGACGAACAUUUGAAGGACUACAGCAGCGUUCCUCUCCUAUCCAAUGGUGAGCUACCGAAUGAUUCGAUAGUAUAAAUAUAAGCAUAAUUUCUGGUCAUAGAUCAUUGCAGGUAGUCACAAUAAUUUUUAGAUAAAAGUACGCAACACAAAAUUAAUGGUCGUGAAAAAUAUAU